AUGGAGAGGAUCGAUCAGCACCCAAUCAAACCAUACACCGCAACGCGCUUAAAGCUCUUCGGCUUCCACGUCACCGAGGAUAACGAAGAUCCCGCCGGACCCACCGGAGCUCCGCCGCACUCAGCCGGCCGGAGGUACGAGUGCCCUUACUGCCGCCGCGAAUUCGCCAACUCGCAGGCCCUCGGCGGCCACCAGAACGCGCACAAGAAAGAGCGCCAGCAACUCAGGCGGGCCAAGCUGCAGGCCGCUGCAGCGUACGGCCGCAGCACCAUGGCCUCCGCCUUCUCGCCGCCGGCCCACCUGCUCGUGCAGUCGCAGUCGUGGGUGUGCGUCCCACGCGCCGGAGGGCCAGUCAACGUGGUGCGUGGCGUAGGGGAGCCUGGCCCAUCUCGGCAGAGCGCUGAGGUUAUGGCCCAUAGUGGGAGAUUUGAUGGGCCUUCGUUGAGUAGAUAUACGAGAUUUGAUAAUGGGCCUGGGUUUGAUGAUGAGGUGUUUGGGCUGGAUUUACACCUGAGCCUGGCCCCAGCCGCGCCGUAA